AUGCUGGAGUCCGGGCCCAGCAGAGCUUAUCCGAUCGGCACUCCCCAGCCUAUCCCGGUCUACAUAUACACGUCACGAGAGCUUCUCUUCGGCCUGCUCCCCUUCCUUCUUCGCGCAGCUGCCAGCAGCGUGCAUUCUUCGAUUUGCUGGCUCUCUCACUCGCAGCUAGAGACAGAUGCGCUCCAUAGCAACAACCUUGACGACAACGAAGAUGCCGAGAACAACAAUAACAAGGACAGGCCAAGAUCGCGGGAAGAUGACGAGGGAAAGGCAGAUGACGAAGACCAAGCCAAGCGCAUGGGUCACCACAACAAGGCGUAA